UAUACCUUUUAACUAAAAAAUCUCUGAUGUCGAGAAGUGUUAUGACGAUAACUAAAUGGGUUCCAUUAGAAUUAGAAGAGCACAAAACGAUUUUCAACGAAUGUAAAGCAUUAAGAAAAUCGUCGAUUUGUUUCGAUCAAAAAAUUUGUUCGUUUUUAAAUGGGUUUAAAUCGAGGAAUUUUUCUCGUGUGUUUUUAGAGGGUUGCGAUGAAGUUUUGAUUCAGAAUUUGGAGAUGAUUGUUGAAGAAGGUGUUUUGAUAAAGGACGAUUUUUUUAAAGUUUUUGGAAAACUAACAAUGGAAAAACCCUCAAAUUUGAGUCAUUUUAAAAUGAUUUAUUGGAAAGAUGUGCUUUGGACAUACAAAAUGAGAAUUUGUUAUUUAUUGUUACACUGUAUUAUUGGGUUUAUUCACCUUUUUAUUUAUUUUGGAGAACAAAUUUUAACUUUAACUCUAAAGUUAUCGAACAUCCACAAUCAAUUAUUACAUUUAGAUACAAAAUAUAAUUUAUUUAAAUCAACACCAAUUUAUAAUAAUUCUUGCCCAUAUUUAAUGUAUCCAAUGAAGAAAUUAUCCAUAACAAAAAUCCUUCAGGUUAUCGCACAAAACCGAGCGGAACUUUGCUGCCAUAAAUUAAUGGAUUGUUUAUUAGAAACUUAUAAACUUUUCGAUAAUCGAGAAGAUGAAGAAACCGGGUCGGAUACCUCAAGCGUUGAAAUUUAUCGUGCUUUAACCAGACAUAUGUCGCCUCCCCAUAAAAACACAUCAAACGACUCAAAAUCAAGCGAAAGAGAAUUACACGAAAAAAACGCGUUUUCGAAUAUGAACGAAUUAAUUCGAUGCGAAGAGAAAAAUAUUUUAGAUCUUUUAUCGAUGGCUGUUAAAGUAUCCCCAGGGAUUUUAGGAAACGAUGCCAUCAAAAAAUUGAAAACGGGAGAAGUUAAAGUUAGCACAAAAGCUAAAAACAAAGUUUUAGAUUAUUACCAUCAGGUUCUUUGGGGCGAGGUUGGAAUAUUUUUGGAACAUGUUGUUUUAUGGUGGGGAAAUGUACCACUUUCAAGUCGACCACCUCAUUCUAGCCAACAUUUAAGGGAAUGGAUUAAUCAAUUUUUACCAACAGCUGAUGUUCCUCAAUUUAUUUUAUCAGCUUUAAGUUGUCUUUCGGAUGGUUUAGGAGUCCACAUAACCUCAACAUCUUGGGAUCAACGUUUUAGAAAAGUUUUGGUAGCUUCAAAAGUACCAAUAACGCAAGAAACCGGUGGUUAUUUUGUGGAUUUACUUCAAGAUUUAGUCACACUUUGUAAUCAAUGCGAAGUAACGAACGAAUGGAUAAUCGGGGCCCCAUUAGAUGAGUUACCUUUAGUUGAACAAAUUCCGGUUCUCCAUCGACUAGAUCAUUCCGUUCACACAACCCGGUUGUGGGCGAUUUCAGAAGCGAAACGAUUAUCAAAUUUAUGGAACGUCGAAUGCUUUUUUUUAAUAACGGAUAAUGAUGUGAUACAAUGUUUGUUGCAGCUAAAUGACUUGCGUUUAGCCGACCACAGUUUGGAAAUUGAUGGGAAAAUUAAAUUGGGCGAACACGUUCAAGUUUGCGCGACAAUGCGGGAAAAAUUAGUUUCAGAAGUAAAAGCGAACAUUGAAAAAUUAAAAGAAGCAACGGCGCAAUGCGUUGAUUGUUUAGCUUGCGCUUGUAGAACGAUUAGUUUAGCUAAUUUACAAAUGAUUUUUCCUGCAGGAAAUUUUUGGCGAAUCGGAUCAUCAGAUUAUUAUUCAAACAAACCUUUAGGGUAUGUUGCGCAGUUUUUGGAACGAGUAUUAACCCCCGUUUUAACAUCAACGGAAGACCAUCAAAUCGGAAAUAUGAUUUUAAAAAUAAUGUGCGAAUCAUGGUUAGAUCACAUUUAUGUAAACAAAAUUAAAUUCAGUCAAUGCGGAGCAAUCCAACUUUUAACCGAUUUUGCCUCAGUUAGCACGUGGAUUAUUAACUGUUCGAUUAUUUCCCAAGAAAUGCGACGAAGAAUGUUAAAAAACGAAGUUUUACGGAGAUGCGAAGGCGUUGGGAAAUUAUUGUUAAGAUCUCCCGGCGAACACAUCAAAAUGAGCGAUAAAACGAAAAAAAUCGAAGUUGAAGAUGAAACGUCUAGCAACAAAUCGGGAAAAACCGAAAUGAUGCCCGCUGAAAUGUAUGUUCCAAAUCAAGAACAAUGGUUGGAAUUACGAGCAACGAGAAGAAGUGUUUUUAUCACUACUUUAUGUUGUAGUGAAAUUAAUCCUUUAUAAAUAAUGUUAAGUUAAACACAUUUUUGUAUUUUAACCUCAAAACGUCAAAAAUGACGUUUAAAAGGAUGUGAGGUUAAAUCCAAUCAAUAUCCUUCUCAAAGUUGUUAAUAAUAAUUCGAAUUGUUAAAGUACAUAAUUGGAAUUUAUAAAUAAAACUUGUUUUCAGACUUUG